CUUGAAGGGUCUACGAGCGGAUCACAGGCGCCAAGCAAAAGUGAAGCUCACGGCUUCGCACCACGAACGCCGACCUGCACCAACGCAACCGCUUUCCACCUCGAUUGUCAACGCGUAGGCCACGAGACAUUGUACGAAUAAACCCUGAGUUAUCUCUUCCAAUCGCCGAAUACUCCACGCAUCGAUCGGCUUCGUGCACCCCGCCAACUUCGCAAUGGCUAUCUUGGGAACGGCGCUGAACGGCAUCGGCGCGCUCUUCCUCACACAUGCCGUCUACUCCACCCACGAACACACCGCAACCUUUGCCUCAACACCCCUCCCGCUCGACAUUUCGCUCGAACUCCUCACAUCCAUUCUCCUCCUAUCCCUCGGCAUCGUCAUAUCUUUUGCGCCGUUGAAACCGAUACAAUACGCACAAUGGGCGGGCCAACUCUCGAGACAAGGACGACACGGAGAGGGACAGUACACAAAAGAGGGCGAAGAGAUCUUGAGCGAAGGCGAUCCUUAUGCAUUCUUGGGGCUAGAUGGUGGAAUCGCCGGGAAAGGCGAAGGUAGGAGGGGCUUCUGGGAUGUCAAAGGGAAGAAGAAAGAAUACGAGGAAUGGGUUAGGCAGGGGGGCAAACAGUAGAUGUGUGCGGACAGGGAGGGUCGAUAUGGGUUAAGAGGCCCGAUGGGAAAUGGGAAGUAUGGAGCACAAGCGAUGUGCAUUCAGCUUGCUUGUCAAGUGUGCACGCCAUCACGAAGCGAUUAGGAUUCGAUACCAAAGACGAUUGUGUGUCGACUAACGUUGC